CCGAAGUCAUAUAACAAGAGGACUUCGCAUCGCAUAGGCUGCAGUCAAAGGCACGCCUUAGAAACUGAGCAGAGUCCUUCUCGUACAGUGAAUUGAUUCAAGUUUUGAGCAAUUGUUGCUGCUUUGUAGCCAUCCAGCAUGGCGACCUUCGCCAAAGCCACUUUUGGCCACUCAACAUAUGCCGCCUUCAGACCAAACUACCCAACUGCCUUGUACGAUGCAGUCCUUCACUACCAUCAAGGCCCCAAGAAGUUAUGCCUAGACCUGGGCUGCGGUACUGGCAUCGCGAGCCGGGCAUUAAGUAAACGCUUCGACAGGGUGAUUGGGACUGAUCCUUCGGCGGGCAUGAUAUCUCAGGCCCAAAAUGCAAAUGAUUCUGCAGACGCCAAGGACAAACUAAGCAACUUGAGCUUCCAGCAAGCUUCAGGAGAAAGCUCGCCAUUCAUCAAAGACGGAGAGGUCGAUUGUGUGACAGCAGCACAAGCAGCACAUUGGUUCGACUACGACAAACUCUGGCCCGAAUUGAAGCGAAUCGUACGACCAGGAGGCACGAUGGCGUUCUGGGGAUACAAAGACCACGUUUUCCCAGAUUUCCCUGAAGCGAGCAAGAUCUUACAGCAUUAUGCAUACAACGAGCAUCCAGACAAGUUGGGAAUAUACUGGCCGCAGCCCGGGCGAUCGUACGUGCAAGAAAAGCUGCACAUCAUUCGACCCCCGAGAGCGGAUUGGCAAGACGUGCAACGUAUCGAGUACGAGCCAGGUACCAAUGGGCCAGAAUCUGGAGAGGGGACUCUCUUCAUGAAGCGGACUGUGACUGUUGGCGAAUGUAAGGAAUACGUUCGAACUUGGUCGUCUUAUCAUGGCUGGAAAGAAGAGCAUCCUGGGCAAGAGGCUCGAUCGAAAGGUGGCCAAGGCGAUAUUGUGGAUCAGAUGUUCGAUGAGAUCGCUCAGACUGAUAAACACUUCAAGGCUGAGGAGAACAAUGUGUACAUCGAAUGGGGCUCCGCGUUGCUUAUGGCAAGACGAAAGUGAAAUACCAGCUCGCGUUGUGGAUCAGAGACAGCGCACCGACAUACGCCGAGGACAAGUCAUCGCAAGUUCGACAUGAGGCUCGAUUCGCUUUGAAAAAGAGAAGCGGCAAGGACAAACAAGCAUCUGACCACUUUACCGGGCUGCCUCGCACAAAUAGCUCUGUCAUCAAGAGGGCUGAAAAUUAAGAGUUCGUGUGUCGGGACAGCAACUGCUAUCCGUGUCAUUUCGCUCCAUGAAAUGCACACAUUCAUUUUUGUGCAGCGUCCGAACGCUUCGACUUGAUGCUUUGCUUGUUGAGGCUUACAUCUAAGCACUACAAGCGGAUUAGCAUAGAUACACCAGCGCUGGCCUCAAGAAGUGAAGCGUCUCUGGAAGCCCUUCCAGCCCGGAUGCUCCGGAUGAGAACCGCUCGAAUGAUCGAGAUUCCAGCGGAGCCUUGCGGAUGACGGAAUCUUGGUAAGAUGGAGUUGUGGACAGACGUACCGACUAGAUGCUGCAGUACCUGGUUCCUUGUGUGCUCAAGCCGCACCAUCGUACCGUGCAUGACAUC